UAUGGAUUAAAAUGUAAACAAUAUAACCUAUAAUAUAAUUCAAAGUUUUGUAAUUUUACUUUUUAUACUUGGAGAAACUCUAUUGGCUAUUUGUCCCUUCAAAGGGAAUAAAUAGUAAUAUUGACCUUAAGGAAUUUGUUUUUAUGCAUAUGUAGUGCAAAAAUUCGGUUUUUAGAUAAAUUAUUUUCUGCGACAUGGAACAAUUGGCAGAUUCUGUUAUUGUAGUAAAAGCAAAACCAGUUCGUAAAGUAUUCAAACCUUCAGUGAAAGUUAACAAAAUACCCCAAUCACUACUCAAUGAUGCGCUACUUAAUGCCGCCAUGUCGGCUCUGCCUUCCAAUUACAAUUUCGAAAUCCACAAAACAAUAUGGAGGAUUAAGGAAACUGGAUCAAAAAGAGUAGGACUACAAAUGCCGGAAGGUCUUUUAAUGUUUGCUACCACUAUUGCUGACAUUAUAGAAGAAUUUACUGAAGCCGAGACCGUCAUCCUGGGUGAUGUAACUUAUGGUGCCUGUUGCAUUGAUGAUUUCUCUGCAAGAGCAUUAGACAUUGAUUUCUUGAUUCACUAUGGACAUUCCUGUUUAAUUCCAAUAAACCAAACUGAAGGCAUCAAGGUUUUAUAUAUUUUUGUUGACAUAAAAAUUGACGUCAUGCACUGCGUGGAAUGUUUGGAAUCUACUUUGCCUGUGAACAGUAAGGUAGCUCUCGUCAGUACGAUUCAAUUUGUUGGAAGUUUACACGCUGUUGCAACAGAACUGAAAACGAGAGGCUACGAAACAGUAAUACCCCAAAGCAAACCAUUAAGUCCAGGAGAGAUUUUAGGAUGCACAGCACCAAGAGUUGGUUGUGCAGAUAGCAUUGUGUAUAUUGGCGAUGGAAGAUUUCAUUUGGAAGCAGCUUUGAUAGCCAAUCCUACAUUGAAAGCCUAUAAAUACGACCCAUAUGAAAAAAAAGUUACUGAAGAAUAUUACAAUCAUGAGUUAAUGCAAAAGUAUCGAAAGAUGGCUAUUGAUCAAUCUGUUAAGGCGGGAAAAUUUGGCCUGUUACUGGGAACUCUUGGCCGCCAAGGAAGUAAUAAAGUUCUUUCGAAUCUACAAGAUCAAUUGAAAGUUUUAAAUAAGCCAACUAUCAUUAUCUUACUUUCGGAAAUAUUUCCAAAUAAGCUGAAACUGUUUGUACAAGUGGAUUCUUUUAUACAGGUGGCCUGUCCAAGGUUGAGCAUAGAUUGGGGGGUAACGUUCGCCAAACCACUUUUAAAUCCUUACGAAGCUGCUGUAACGUUAAGUAUGGUUAACUUUAAUGACGACGAACCCUAUCCAAUGGAUUUUUAUGCACAUUCUAGUCUUGGACCUUGGACACCAAUUCAUAAAACAUCUGAGAAAGAUAAACAAACAUUUUCUAGUUGUGAAAAUUGUAAAAAAAGAAAAUAAGACAUUUUUGUAAAUCCUUAUUAUCGAUGGUGUUUUAUAUAUUUAUAUAUUUUGUAAAUUUUUAUGCAUAUAAUUUAAUUUUAAGCAGU